AUGAAAGCCUUAGCGUAUUUCGGUAAGGGUGACAUUAGGUUCACCAACAGUCUGAAGGAGCCACGCAUCGUGGCUCCGGAUGAGCUUGUGAUUGAUAUCGCAUGGUGUGGUAUUUGCGGUACGGACUUACACGAGUACACCGAUGGUCCUAUCUUUUUUCCUGAGGAUGGACACACACAUGAGAUCAGUCACAAUCCGUUACCACAGGCGAUGGGCCACGAAAUGGCUGGCACAGUCUUGGAGGUAGGACCUGGUGUUGCACACCUCAAAGUCGGGGACAAAGUGGUUGUCGAGCCCACAGGUACAUGCAGGGACCGUUAUCGUUGGCCCGAGUCGCCGAACGUUGACAAGGAAUGGUGUGCUGCUUGCAAAAAGGGCUACUACAAUAUCUGUUCGUAUCUGGGACUUUGCGGAGCAGGUGUGCAAAGUGGUGGGUUUGCAGAGCGUGUUGUGAUGAACGAAUCUCAUUGCUACAAAGUGCCGGACUUCGUACCGCUGGAUGUUGCGGCUUUGAUCCAGCCCUUGGCCGUGUGCUGGCACGCGAUCAGUGUCUGUGAGUUUAAAGCAGGGUCUACUGCGUUGAUCAUUGGUGCUGGCCCCAUUGGUCUAGGAACUAUACUAGCGUUGAACGCAGCCGGUUGCAGGGACAUAGUCGUUUCAGAGCCUGCCAAGUUGAGGAGAGAGCUGGCUGAGAAAAUGGGUGCCAGGGUUUAUGACCCAACCGAGCACGCUGCCAGGGAAAGCAUCGACUAUCUGAGGUCAGUUGCUGAAGGUGGUGACGGAUUUGACUACACAUUUGAUUGCUCCGGGUUGGAGGUCACAUUAAAUGCUGCCAUUCAAUGUCUCACGUUCAGAGGUACUGCCGUCAACUUGGCCAUGUGGGGUCAUCACAAAAUACAGUUUUCGCCGAUGGACAUUACGCUUCACGAGAGAAAGUAUAUGGGGUCCAUGUGCUAUACACACCACGAUUUUGAAGCUGUAAUCGAGGCCUUGGAAGAACGCAGGAUCGAUGUGGCCAAGGCGAGACAUAUGAUAACGGGAAGGGUCAACAUCGAAGACGGUUUGAACGGUGCCAUCAUGAAGUUGAUAAACGAAAAGGAGUCUACCAUUAAGAUUAUUUUGACUCCUAAUAACCACGGAGAAUUAAACAAGGAAGCCGAUAACGAAAAGAAGGAUAUUUCCGAGCUUAGCACUUUCAAAAAUCAAGAAAGAUUACGGGAGUCCAUAAACGAGGCCAAGCUGCGUCAUACAUAA